GUCACGUUGAUUUCAGUCCGUCACGAACAACAACACAUGUGAGCGAAGCUUGCCGGAGAGCGGAGAUGUUUUCCUCUCUGAAAGACAAAGUCGGGCAGGUUUUGUUGCCGGGAGAUGAAUUCUCCUUUGACACCGAGGACACCAUCUCCCUCACGACUCCCGUGAAGCUGGAGAAGGUGGUGUGUGGUCCGGGUCUGAGGCGGAGCGGAGACCGACUGCAGGUGUGUAAAAGCGGCGUCCUGCGACACAAAGCUCCCAACAUGUUCUGGAUGGACUCACAGCAGAGGAGGUACGUCCCGGUUAAAGGAGAAACAGUCAUCGGCAUUGUGACAGUCAAAUCAGGAGACAUCUUCAAGGUGGACUUUGGAGGGAGUGAGCAGGCGUCUCUGUCCUACCUGGCGUUUGAGGGAGCAACCAAGAGGAACCGCCCCAAUGUCCAGGUAGGGGACCUGGUGUUCGCUCAGUUCGUGGUGGCCAAUAAGGACAUGGAGCCGGAGCUGGUGUGUGUGGACAGCGGGGGUCGGGCCAAUGGGAUGGGGGUGUUUGGAGGAGGAGGUCUGCUCUUCACCGUGUCUCUGGGACUCGUCAGAAGACUGCUGGCCCCCCAAAGUGACCUGAUGCAGGACCUGCAGAAGCUGUUCCCCUGUGAGCUGGUGGUCGGGAUGAACGGCCGUCUGUGGGUCCGCUCCUCCAGCGCCCAGCGGACCCUUAUCAUUGCCAACCUGCUGCAGAGCUGUGAGACCAUGACGGCCCCCCAGAGGAAGGCGCUGUUCGCCAGGGUGGCAGAGGGGACGCUGUAGAGACCCCCAGAGACAUGCACUGUUUACCAGGGUUGCACAGGGGGUGCUGUAAGAGACCCCAGAGACGGGCGCUGUUCACCAGGGUGGAAAGCGGACAUUAUAGAGCACCCAGAGACGGGCGCUGUUCAGGAGGGGAUUCUCCACAAACUGAUACUGGAUCAGAGUUUAAAGCAGUCUGAGGGUUCGUUUGCAGGUUAUCCUAAUCUAGACUCUAAACAUAAACAUUUAAAGACUUUAUAUGUGAUUUUUUGAUCCAGCAGAUGUCGCCCUUGAGCACCAGCAUGAAACCAAACCAACUUGCGCUGCAUUGUUGUGUUAGCAUGCUAAUGCUAGCGAUCUUUAUUAUGCUCGUAUCUUCACACUCCAUGUAAAUUUACCUGAAAUGAGCGUGAUCUAGAAACACAGUUAAGCAGUGAGUAUAGUAUGUUAUUCUUCUUUUCUCUAGUCCCUCAAUUAAACAACUUUUAUACAACAGGGGAGGAGUCAGCCGGCCGACCAGGCGAUGUAAACAAAGUGAAGAUAGGACUCGGAAAUCAUCAUAGACAGUGGGACUCGGGUGUUACACCCAUUGUAGACAGUCAUGACUCACAGAGUUAUUUUCAGAGGAGAUACUUGAUUUCUACAUUUAAGUGUGAAAAAUCACAUAUUCAGCCUUUAAUGUUUAUUAAAUGUAUUCUGGAUGUUUUGUUUUUUCUAAACUAUUUCACAUUGUUCGUCUGUCAACACCAUCAGGGAUUUGCUCUACACCUUCGACUGCCUUUCUCUAUGAAGUUUGUUUUUGUUAUUCUAGAAGUUUUUUUGAACUUCAGAUGUAUCCUCAGAGUGGUUAAUCCAUUAACUUUUAUUACCAAACAGACACAUGUUUUAUAUUUGUGUGUUUUGUAAUAAUGAAAAUAAAACUUUUUCAAAGUCUAA